AUGAAGUAUCGGAUCUAUGGAUUCGCUCCUGUAUCGUAUACGUUAGAGCAUGGAACUUGGAGUGUUGAGUCUCCAAAGAUUAGCUGUUCUCAAUUGGCUGAAUCAUUGUACAAGCUAGCUUCAUUAGUCAUAGAAACUAGGGUUUUCUCAGUUCGUUCUAAUUCGAAAAUCGGCAUCCUACAGGCUUGUGCUAAAAGGAUAGAAGGUGAUGAAUCUGGGCACAAGCAUUGCACUGGACAGUAUUUUGAUUAUUGGCAGUGUAUUGACAAAUGUGUUGCGGUGAAGCUAUUUGACCAGCUCAAGUAGCGAGGAUGCAAGUUGAUCCUUUGGCAUUUAUCUUGAUUUAUCUUGCUGUUUUGCUAUCGAACAAGGCAUUACCAUAUUGUUCCGUCAUGUGCUUCAGACUUGCAAUCUUUUCUUGCAACAUUUUAGCUGCGUGGAAAAUUUUGAGCCAUGAUCAUUAUAAACUUAUUGAAUAAAAGAAAACGUGUUUCCUCAAAUUUGUCAUUUCUGUUCUAUUCGUUCAAAUGAUUAAGAAUGCCUUGCAUCAGAUGUUUUUCCUGAUUUUGCGCUAUUCUUA